AUGGAUCAGAAAGUACGCGUCGCCGCCGUCCAAGCAGAGCCCGUCUGGAACGACCUCGAAGGAGGUGUCCAGAAAACCAUUUCCAUCAUCGAAGAGGCAGCGACAAACGGUGCCCAGGUGCUCGGGUUCCCUGAGGUGUUCAUCCCUGGGUAUCCUUGGAGCAUGUAUGCAAAAUCGCCGUUUGACAAUAGCGGUUUCAUGCUCGAAUACAUGCAGAACUCAAUGUCAAGGGAUUCCCCGCAGAUGGCGCGUAUUUGCGCUGCAGUGAAAAGGGCUAGCUUGUUUGUUGUGUUGGGUUACAGUGAGCGGGAUAAGUGCUCUAUGUAUAUCUCUCAGGCCUUCAUCAGCCCCUCCGGCGAAAUCAUCCACAACCGCCGCAAAAUCAAACCAACUCACAUUGAACGCGCCUACUGGGGAACCGGCGAAGGCGACUCCCUGCAAACUGUCAUUCCAACGCCCCUCGGCAAAAUCGGCGCCCUAAACUGCUGGGAACACAGCCAGCCACUACUCCGCUACUACGAGUACUCACAAGACGUCGACAUUCAUGUCGCCAGCUGGCCUGCAAUGUGGGACGCACUGGGGUCCAUCAAGCAGAAGGGGAGCUAUCAGGCCAGCGGGACGAUGAGCCGGACUCUAUCGCAGACGAUGGCGUUUGAGGGUGCGUGUUGCGUGCUUGUUUGUAGUCAAAUUAUGACGGGGAGUAAUGCGGAGAUGAAUGGGGUGGACGGCUGGGGGUAUCCGAUGUUUCCUGGGGGUGGGUUUUCGCAGAUUUUCGGAUUCGAUGGGGAGCCUUUGUGUGAGGUGUUGGGGGCGGGUGAGGAGGGGAUUUUGUAUGCAGACGUUGAUUUAAGGGGGAAGUUGAAGGCGAAGCAGUUUCUGGAUGUUGUUGGGCAUUAUUCGCGUCCGGAUCUUUUGAGUUUGCGGGCUGAUACGCGGGCUUCACGGCCGGUACACUACGCCAAUGAGCCGUAG